CAUCACUCCUAACCCCCAUUCCUCUUCUCUCUCUCUCUCUCUGCAACUAAAAGAAGAAAUUUGAACUAAUAAUGGCUUCAACCUCUUUGCUUUCCUUGUUGUUUCUCUCUCUCCUCUCAAUCUGGGCCAUUGAUGCCGCUCAUCACAGCCAUACGGCGGCCCCAUCGCCAUCCGUCGACUGUACUUCUCUCAUUUUCAACUUAGUAGAUUGUCUUUCCUUCGUUCAAAAUGGCAGUACAGUGUCGAAGCCACAGGGCUCCUGCUGCUCUGGUUUGAAGACUAUUUUGAAGACCGACGCAGAGUGUCUCUGCGAAGGGUUUAAGAACAGUGCUUCUUUUGGUGUGGCCUUGAAUAUGACCAAGGCUCUCACUCUACCUGCCGCAUGCAAGCUCUCUGCUCCUUCUGUUUCGAAUUGUGGAGUGACCAACGCUCCCGCUGCUGCGCCUGGUGGAGCUCCACUAUCGCCAGCUGCUUCGCCUUCAGCUGGAGCAGCUGAACUAGCCCCUGCACCUGCCCCCGGAGUUUCUGGAUCGUCUAGGCUCUCCAGUUUGCUUGCACCGGUCUCUUUGGUGGCUGGCCUAGUUGCUGCUGUUGCUGCUGCUUGUUUGUUCUGAGUGAAUUUGUUGGUAUUUUGAUGAGAUGAUGUGGGUUGUGUUGUUUUGAGCUGUGACUACUAAACCAGUAGAAAAAAAUUCAUUUCCUCAUCUUACA